CCUCAAUAACCCGAAAGUGGAUGUGCCAUCCGCAGCACAGCGCAGCGACGAGGAUACGAAGUGCUCAGACCCAAGAUGAUGGGGGUGUUCGGGUUUAGCGGGAUCCUAUUCCUUAGUCUCGCUGAUAAUGUUUAAUUAAGAUGGACUCCCAAGGAUUACCUCAUUACUUUUCCCUCGUCCUUUUUUGUUACCCCUCACUCAACACGAUCGAGAUCGCGAUAACCUGCUACACCACAUUCUGUCAAAAUGGCUUCUGCACCUCACGCCUCAUUCCAGCAGUUAGAGAAGUUGGGGGAAGGAACAUAUGCGACAGUAUUCAAAGGUCGCAACAACCAAACAGGGGAAUUGGUUGCUUUAAAGGAGAUCCACCUUGACACAGAAGAAGGAACGCCCUCCACCGCCAUUCGCGAGAUUUCCCUGAUGAAAGAGCUCCAGCACGAAAACAUUCUGUCGCUGUACGAUGUCGUCCACACCGAGAACAAGCUCAUGUUAGUCUUCGAAUACAUGGACAAGGAUCUUAAACGUUAUAUGGAUACCCACGGCAAUCGUGGCCAGCUCGAACCGAAUAUCAUCAAAUCCUUUGUCUACCAGUUACUCCGAGGCGUCGCGCAUUGCCACGAGAACCGGAUUCUGCAUCGCGAUCUCAAGCCUCAGAACCUGCUAAUCAACACUAAGGGCCAAUUAAAAUUAGCUGAUUUUGGCUUAGCCAGAGCUUUCGGUAUCCCGGUCAACACUUUCUCCAACGAAGUCGUCACGCUUUGGUAUCGCGCGCCGGACGUGCUCCUCGGCAGCCGCAGCUACAACACCAGUAUCGACAUCUGGUCAAUCGGUUGCAUUCUAGCAGAGAUGUACACAGGACGCCCGCUAUUCCCGGGGACCACGAACGAAGACCAGCUACUAAAGAUCUUCCGGGUGAUGGGCACGCCAUCCGAGAUCUCUUGGCCCGGGAUUUCGAAAUUCCCGGAGUACAAGCCUGAUUUCCCAGUUUAUGCGACGCAGGAUCUGCGGCAGGUUGUUUCGCGAAUCGACCACUUGGGCGUCGAUUUGUUGAGGCGCAUGUUGCAGUUGCGGCCGGAGAUGCGUAUCAGCGCGGCGAGUGCAUUGAAGCAUUCGUGGUUCAAUGAUAUGCCCCGGUCGACCUCGCGGAGUGCUCAAUAGUAGCUACAGCUUGCUUUC